AUGGUUACAAGAAGAAGAAAAGUGUGGAUAAGGCAAUCAAUAGUCACCGUCGAUAAAGAUUUAAUAAAAGCAAGCCAACAACCGCCACCACAUAAAAGGCCUGAUGUACUUAAAAGAGGACACAACUUCAUUACGAAUGUUUCUACCAUGCGUAAUAUUAUUGAUGAUUUAAACGACAAAGAAGAGGCAAUCGUUGAAAAAAAAUUGAACCGAUCUCGAGCCGUUAUUUUAAAUCAGCAGGAGGACAAAAAAGAACAUCAAAAUAAUAUUCAGGAAAAAAAGAAAACAUUAAUUGAAGUGAGUAGGUCAAAUAUGAUGUCCGUGAUUAUGAUGAUGACGACACGGAAAGAAAUGAUCGAGAAGAUGAAAGUCCAGUUAAAGAAUAAAAAAAGGGAGAAAAAGAAAUUACGAAAAGUAAAUUUGGGACAAAUGAGAUCGAAAAUAUCGCAAGAACAUGUUGAAGAAGUGGUAGAUGAAAAAAAUGAAAUUCAAAGAAUCGAUAGCAUUGAUGAAAAAUUAAAUACUCGAACGGAAAAACGCGUUAGAUUUAAUUUAUAG